AGUGUAAUCCUCACUUCCCUCUUCUGAUAGCCUGCACACACAUAUGCUGUGUAACACCAUCAGAAAACAUCUGAUUCAAUCCAGCCAACACCCACCUCUCCACCAGACUUUCUUGCUGCUGACAAUAGACAUGUUGCAAAUGCCUUUUUCCUUAUCUGUGUCUGUGUGUGCUCAGAGGUAGCGAUAACACUGAAAUGAAAAGAGGUGGCCGAGAAACGGGAAGAGAGAGAAGCCGGAGCUGGAGUCCUCCACGCUAUGGUUUCCAACGACUGCUAGCCGGCUUGCAGGCUGACCCGAAAGAGGAGAACCACUUACGCUGAAACGCAAGGGGAAAGUGUGAGAAGAGAAGGGAGAUGAGGUCAGAAUAGAGUGAAGCGAAAGGGGGUGGGGUGAAGGCAGAGAAGCCCAGCCCCGGUGCAGAGGGCCCGUCAUUCCUUUCCACCGCGUAAUUUGCCGAGAUCCGCCACUUGGGAUUUCAUAUGCAAACGAGGAGGGCUUCCCGCAGGCGGGGCCGGGCUGGGCGCCCACUCUGCUCCGCGCUCUGCGUGCGAGCGGCGGGCCGGCUCCAGCGCCCAGGACCGGAGCCCCGGAGCCCAGGAGGACGGCGCGACACUGAAGCGGGGAGUAAAUGAGGAAUAAAGGAAGCCCGUCUGAGAAGCUGGCGAAAUUCAAGACUGGCAAAGGAAGCCCAUUCAGCCUCUUCACGCUUGUGUUUUCAGGGACUGGCCAUUUCUCAGUCCCUGGAGGGAGAUUCCCUGCUCCAAGGAAGUGAAAAUAAUGAACUUUUGGAGGUACUGCCUUUUUGCUUUCACCGCGCUGAGUAUGGUUCUGUUUGUGAUACGUUACAACAGCCGAUUAAGCCUGCCCCAGAGGAGGCUGAAUGGUUCCAGCGAAAGGGACGCCGUAGUCAGUGCCUGUGAGGACGCCCUGGAAGAGAAGUCCGCUGUUCUCUGGGAGAGGACGUUGCCAUCGCCUUUGGGAAGUGUCCCCUGCGAGGACUACCUGAUCCAGAGCCACUACAUCACAAGCCCCCUGUCGGAGGAAGAAGUGGCGUUCCCUUUGGCCUAUGUCAUGGUCAUCCAUAAAGACUUUGGUACUUUUGAAAGGCUCUUCAGGGCUGUCUACAUGCCCCAAAAUAUCUACUGUGUUCAUGUGGAUGAGAAGGCCACAGAGGAGUUUAAGGCAUCUGUGUGGCAGUUACUGAGCUGCUUCCAAAAUGCCUUUAUUGCUUCAAAGACCGAGUCUGUAGUCUACGCGGGAAUGUCCAGGCUCCAGGCGGACCUGAACUGCCUGCGAGACCUGGUGGCCUCCGAGGUCCCGUGGAAGUACGCCAUCAACACCUGUGGGCAAGACUUCCCCCUGAAAACCAACAAGGAGAUCAUUCAGCAUUUGAAAGCCUUCAAAGGGAAAAACAUUACCCCUGGGGUGCUGCCUCCGGCUCAUGCAAUUGGACGGACUAAGUACGUCCACCAAGAGCACAGAGGCAAAGACCGCUCUUUUGUGAGGAGCACGAAUAUUUUGAAAACCUCACCUCCACAUCAGCUGACCAUUUACUUUGGCACUGCCUACGUGGCCCUUACCAGGGAGUUUGUCAACUUCAUCUUCCAUGACAAAAGGGCCAUCGAUCUACUGCACUGGUCAAAGGAUACCUAUAGCCCUGAUGAACAUUUCUGGGUGACGCUUAAUAGGAUUCCAAGUGUCCCUGGCUCCAUGCCAAAUGCAUCAUGGACUGGUAACCUCAGAGCCGUGAAGUGGAUUGACAUGGAAGACAAACACGGAGGCUGCCAUGGCCACUACGUGCGUGGCAUUUGUAUCUAUGGAAAUGGAGACUUAAAGUGGUUGAUUAAUUCGCCAAGCCUUUUUGCUAACAAGUUUGAACUUACUACAUACCCCCUUACUGUGGAAUGCCUAGAACUGAGACUUCGAGAAAGAACCUUAAAUCAGAGUGAAACUGCAAUACAACCCAGCUGGUAUUUUUGAUCGCCUGCAACUUGUGAUUGAAGGGAAGUCGCCGUUGGGAAGAAGAGCUUUUGAGAGAGGACUUCACCUUGGCCAACAGUUUCAGGACUGAGGUCAUGACCUCAGGAUCUGGCUCCACUACUAUAUGUUGAAGUAUCCACUGGACAAUAACAGGAGGCUGUGCAGAGUGGUCCUGGCCCUUUGUCCGUCCACUCUGGCUGUUUGCUGAUGCCCACCUCUGUGCCAGCUUGUUGUUCGGAUCAAUGAUCAUUUUCACUAUUGUCACAUCUUUGCACCAGAUAUUCACUAUAUAUAAAUGUUCUAAUCAAAAGGAGAAGUGUAUGUAAUAUGAUUUAGGAAGGAGAACUGGGUUUCUUUGAAGAGGGAAUCUUUUAUAACAGACCUAUAGCCACAUAUUAAUGAACACCACUCUUCUUUGCUCAACUGAACAUAGAUGUACAAGCAGCUUUCUGGAUAACUCACCGAUCUCCUUUCAAACUUGAGCUACUAGAACUGAAGAACUAGAUCCUGUUCCUGAGUUUUAGCACUAGCAUUUUCAGUUUUUUUGCUGAAGUUCUGUAUAAAGUCAUUAACAGGAGGCAGAAUGUGCUUUAAGUAGUCACUGCCUGCUGCUUCAGUAAAAGGACCCCAGGGAAGCAGAACAUUUCUCGAUUAUAUCAGAAUGUGCUCUGAUCCCCCUUUCAUCAUUUUUCAUUGAGAACGCUGAAAAGUUCUCACAGAAUGAAGAAACUCCUAGAAGAGAGGUGGUAUUGCAUGGAUCUAGUCUCAAGUCUCUUAUACCUCAGAAUGAACCAAUCCCUUCUGCCACCACCCUCCACCCCAACCAAAGUUAUCUUAACUGCAAAAUGGAGAUGAAAUUCUAAAAAUCUUGGUAAUGUGAAGGUUGCAUAGACUGCUCCAGAGAACCUUAGAUAAUGGUUGUAUUUUAAUACAUUCACAUGUAGAUUGUAGAUUGUGAUAUCGAACCAAGGAUCUCAGUAAUUACAAACUGAGGUUUAAGUCAGAGAUCACUCAAAAGAGAGAAGGGAAGGAAGCUAAAAAAGCCUAUGUAUCCAAGACAUUCUGCGAGCUCACUGCACUUAAACCUCACAGCACUCUUGUGAGGUCGUCAUUACCCCUGUUUUGCAGAUGAAGUGAGUGAAGCUUAGAGAGGUUGUUACUAAGCAUUAGGAAACAAGCUGACAAUUGGGAUUCUCCUACUGGUCUUAGUUCAUUUCCUGAGGUGGAAUAUUAAAGAAGGUAAAAUAUAGCCAGAUAAGGUAGGUUUUAAGAAUGAUCUCAGUGUUAAUAUUGAGAAAAUGUCAUGUCACCUCAGAAAAGUGUGAAGUCUACUUUUGUAUUCCUCUAAUCCAGUGGUUCUCAACCUUCCUAAUGCCGCGACCCUUUAAUACAGUUCCUCAUGUUGUGGUGACCCCCAACCAUAAAAUUAUUUUCGUUGCUACUUCACAACUGUAAUUUUGCUACUGUUAUGAAUCGUAAUGUAAAUAUCUGAUAUGCUAUAUGUGUUUUCCAAUGGUCGCGACCCACAGGUUGAGAACCGCAAUCCAUUGAGCUCCUUAAUAUUUUUUUAUCCUCAUGAAAAACAGUUACUUCAACUAAUGAUGCAUUUAAUUAACACAGUUUUUCUUUUUUUCCUAUAAUUGUGCCUGUUGAAUGUUAAUCAUAUUUAAAGAGAAUGACUGAAAUAAAGCCUUCUUUGUUCCUGCUGCUUAAAAAGAUGGAAGUGCAUUGGGUGGUAAAGGGCUGAGGGUUAGGGAACACACCGAGAGCUAAUGGCAAAGUCAUUUUUCAACUUACUUAAAUGACACCACCUAGAAGAAAUGUUUUACACUGGAUAUUCUCACAUAGAAUGAGAAAUCUUUUGGAAUAGAUGUUUACAUGUCCAUUGCUAGUCACCUCUCCUGUGUCUUUAAUACUUCAAUCUUGGAAGUGUGUAGUGUUGGACUAGUGGCUUUCUCCUUUCCAAGGAGACGACCCAAAACUACUGAAUCUGUCUUUGUUUUUGAUGAUGUUAUAUGUUGUUUUCUUGGAAAUAAAUUAAUAUAUUGUUUUCCACC